AUGCAGGCCGCUGUCGUCGAACGAGCAGGAGAUUCGAAGGUGAGCCAGCCGACAGACACUGCCGACAGGGUCGGUGCUUCCGAUUUCAUCCGUGACGCUGUUCGCGUCGAUCGCACUGAAGGUCGUUUCGGGGGCCGGGUGCAGACCCGGUUUCCGCCCGAGCCCAACGGCUACCCGCACAUCGGCCAUGCCAAGUCGAUCUGCUUGAAUUUCGGCGUCGCCGAGCAGUUCGACGGCAAGUGCAACCUGCGCUUCGACGACACCAACCCGUCGACCGAGGAGAUCGAAUUCGUCGACGCUAUAGAGCGCGACGUGCGCUGGUUGGGCUUCGAGUGGCCCGAGCCCAGCUGCUUCGCUUCGGAUUACUUCGAGCGCAUCUACGACUAUGCCGAGCAGCUGAUUGAAGCCGGCAAGGCAUAUGUCGACAGCCUGUCCGAAGAAGACAUCCGCGAGUAUCGCGGCACGGUGACCGAGCCCGGCCGGCCGAGUCCUCACCGGCAGCGCUCGGUCGAGGAAAACCUCGAUUUACUGCGGCGCAUGCGGGCCGGUGAGUUCGACGAGGGCGAGCACGUGCUGCGGGCCAAAGCCGACAUGGCCGCGGCCAACAUGAAGAUGCGCGAUCCGCUGCUCUACCGGAUCCGCAAGGUGCAUCACUACCGCACUGGCGACCGGUGGCCGAUCUACCCGAUGUACGACUUCGCCCACUGCCUGUCGGACGCCAUCGAGGGGGUCACCCACUCGCUGUGCACGCUCGAAUUCGAGAACAACCGCGAGAUCUACGACUGGGUGCUCGACAACGUGCUCGAAGGGCAGGAGCUCGUUGACCGCCCGCGGCAGACCGAAUUCGCCAGGCUGAACGUGAGCUAUACCGUGCUCAGCAAGCGCAAGUUGGCCGAGCUGGUCGACGGCGGUCACGUCGAGGGCUGGAGCGACCCGCGGAUGCCCACCCUGUCGGGUCUGCGCCGGCGGGGCUACACCGCCUCGGCGAUCCGCGCGUUUUGCGACCGAAUCGGCGUCGCCAAAGCCAACAGCACGGUCGACAUGGCGCUGCUCGAGCACUCGAUCCGCGACGAUCUCAACACCGAGGCACCGCGGGUGCUGGCGGUGCUGCGGCCGCUCGAGGUGGUGAUCGACAACUACCCCGAGGAGCGUUCGCAGGAGCUCGACGCGCCGUAUUUUCCGCACGAUGUGCCGCGCGAAGGCUCGCGCAAGCUGCCGUUCUCGCGCCGGCUGUUCAUCGAGCGCGACGACUUCAUGGAAGAUCCGCCGAAGAAGUUCUUCCGCCUGGCGCCGGGCCGAGAAGUGCGGCUGCGCCACGCCUGGGUGAUCCGCUGUCACGACCUGGAGAAGGAUCCGCAAACGGGCGAGGUCGUUCGUCUGCGCUGCACCUACGAUCCGGACACCUACGGGCCGCCCAAGGACGGGCGUCGUAUUCAAGGAACCGUCCACUGGGUGUCGGCGGCGCACGCCGUGCCGAUCGAGGCGCGGCUUUACGACCGUCUGUUCACGGACGAACAGCCCGACCAAGGCAAGGGUGGCCCGGAUUUCAAGAGUUUCCUGAAUACCGACUCGCUCGAGGUGCUCCAGGGUUGGGCCGAGCCCAGCGUCGCCGACGCGACCUCGGGGAGCCACUUCCAGUUCGAACGCCAGGGUUACUUCUACCUCGAUCCGGGAGCAUCCGCGGCUUCUGAACGGCCGGUUUGGAACCGCACCGUCACUUUGCGCGAUACCUGGGCCAAGCUGGCCGAGCGGCCGGCGCCGGCCAAGGUGAAGAAACCGACCGCCAAGAAAGCCGCUGCAACGCGCCAGCGUCGCCGCAGUCGGGCGGUCGGCGAUCCCACCGAAGGUUGGUCGGAAGGGCGCCUGGCCGAGCUCGAGCGCUACCAACAGGAGUUCCGGCUAUCGCGCCAAGAGGCGCUGGUGAUCUUGACCGACAUCGACCUGGCGGCGUUCUUCGAAACCGCGAUUACCGAGCCUACCGACCCCAAGGCCAUCGCCGGUUGGAUCGUCAACGAGCUGCCGACCAAGACCACGCCGGUGGCCGAUCUGCCGUUCGGCGCCGAGCAGUUGGCCGAGCUGGUGGCGUUGGUCGGCGACGGCACCAUUACCGGCAAGAUCGCCAAGGAUGUACUGGCGGUGAUGCUCGCCGAGGGCGGCAGCCCGCGCCAGAUAGUUGCCGACCGCGGUCUGCAGCAGCUUGGCGAUCAGGGUCAGCUAGAGCCGAUGAUCGCCGCUGUGCUGGCCGGCCAUCCGGCGCAGGUCGAGCAGUACCGGGAGGGUAAGACGGCGCUGCUGGGCUUCUUCGUUGGUCAGGUGAUGAAGGAAACCCGCGGCCGGGCCAACCCGGAGCUGGUGCAGAAGCUGCUGCGCCGGCUGUUAGGUCAGGAGCUCGGCUGA